AUGUUGAUCCCAUGGAUCUCCUGGAUCCCUGGUCUGAAGCUGUGGUGCAGACGCGCGCUCACGGCGCAGACGUCAGCGCGGCCCGCGACCAUAGCCAGCUACACUGCCGUCAUCUAUAAUUUGCACCACUAUGCAUUUGGCAACGUAAAACUGCUAUGUGCAGCUCCAUGCACAUCCUUGUUUUUCUGGGCCUCUGAUGGAAACAACAGCAGCCUUCAGGUCUGCCAUGAGUCUCUCCCAGUGAGGUCCAAACUACUCACCACCUCUCCCCGAAGCAGCUCCCAGGACAGCCUGUCUCAGCCUUCCGAUAACCUCAACAACUUGUCACUGGAAAAUAUUGUGCGCUCUAACAGCUUCACUCACUUCAAGCAAAUCCCGUCUCCCAGCAGCCAGCCUAUGACCCGCUCUUUCUCCUUUAACCGUGCUGUGGAGCUAGCUAAGCCAUUAGCCAACACGCAACUAAGGCCCCCUCGAACCAGUCUGCUUAAGCCACCCCAGCUGAGCAAUGGAAGGGUUGGUUUAGGAAUGGCGGGCCUCAAUGGUGACACCAGUGAGGAGUUUCUGGAUGACUUUGACAGCAGCGGCGAUGUACUUAGUGAUGUGGACCUUAUGGAAAAUUCUGACGGACAAAAUUGGCCACAGAAGUUGGUUGAUGACACCGCAGACUGGCCCCCGCCGAAUCUGGCAGAGUCAAAGGAUAUUAGCCCGAUGGAUAUGUCCUGUGGCUCCCUUGUGCUGUCUCCUGAGUCUAGCCAGGCCGCAGCCGGAUCCUUCAUUGAGCUUUCACCCUCCAACAGCUCUGGGGGAACGUACAUGUGGGACGAGGAGGGUCUGGAGCCAAUUGGAGGAUCUGUGUCACAUCCAGGAGACGAGUAUGAGGACACAGACCUCAACAGCCUCGACCUUCUCAACAACCUGAAGCCUUUAGGAGCCACAGAUCCGGAGCAGGAUGACCUGAUGCUGGAUGUGGAGCUGCCUGAGGAUGGUGUGCAUGAAAUGUCCCACAUGGAGCCGUCAGAGCGAGGCCGCCUGGGUUCACGCCGGAGACACCACCGCUGGGGUGCACCGGAUCAUUUCCACAACAGCAGCAGAGUGCACAGCUUUCCGCAUUAUGACGGCUUCAAGGCUCCCAGGUUCAGCUCAGGGCCCUGUUAUUCUGAAGGGAAGCAGCACAUCCCAGCACUGGAACUUACACUAGACAUGUCCCAAGACUGCAGCGCUCUGAAGAGUCACCUGCUGCGGCUCCAAGACCUACUACAGCUUGAAGAUGCAGAUUCUCCAGCUGAGGCAGAUGAAGCGGGAGCUGACGAUAAGAGCACAGCCCUACAGGAGCUGAUGAAGGAAGUACAAGAUCUCAGGGAGGAGCUGCGGAGUCGAGACAGAACCAUAGCUCAGCUCACGCUGCAAUGUCAACAGCUUCAACAAAAACAACCACAACAAAUGGGACAUCAGGGCAGGUGUCAGUGCUACCACCAGAGGGCGCCACACCCUGUGAUGGACAAGAGGAAGCAACACCACCAUGACAAGGCCACUCAGACUCACUAUCGACCUCCUGCUAACACUCCUCAAAUACUACAGCCUUUCAGCCCCCGCCUCAGAGAGCAGCAGUCCCAGGCAAAACUAACAAGAGCAGCCUCCACCGCGGGCCGCAGUGACCAGACGUGUGCUCCUCCACGGCUUGGACGCACAGAUGACCACACGCUGCUCAGUCAUCGGCUCAGUGCUCAGCUUCAGUGCUCAGGCGCCGUGCGGGAAGCGGCUGGUGGUGACGGUGGAGGAUCAGAGCCUCCAUGUGAGCCCCCGGCCUCUGACAAGGCAGGACCCAGUGCUCUGAUAUGUCCUCGUGUCAUGCAGCCCCCUCGCCUCCACUCGCGCCUGUCCCUCCCCGCACUAAAGCCAGGGGCACCUGCGGGACAUCCUCUGCGGAGCAAGCAGCUGCUCCCCCCUCCAUCCAGAGGCCUGCCAUGCUUUAACACCGGACCCCAGGUGCAAGCCCCAAGUGAGUGUCGCGCUCCAGUGCUUCAGCCUUACAGGGAUUUAGCGAGGACAGAGUACAGUCCUGAGCCGCUCAGCCACAGCAAGCUCCGAGAACCUGCUGCGGCCAAGAUCCCAAUCCCUGCCAGUCGCUCAUGCCUCCCCAAGCCAAAGACUUCCUGA